AUGGCUAUGCACGAUGGUGAGACCACCGCGCUACUAGUAUAUGCCCACCCCCACCCCACGAACUGUCCCACCCCCACCGUCCACCCGCGCCCCCGUUUAUCUCAAAAACAAAUUCACCCAAACCCCGAUCCAGAUCCCCUCCACCGCGGGCCACCCACCCACCGCGGACGGCGAUCUCUCAUCCACAGCCGCACCCACCGCCGACCUCCCCUCCACCACCAACGCCGACGCCCCCAUCCUCUCCACCCUCCUUCUCUCCCUGGCGGCGGCCACAUCGGGGGCUCCUGGAUCCGCGCCGCCAUCGAGCUGGGCCGCCAAGGUCAGCUCCUUCCCCAGAACCACCAUCACCGCAGGGAGGAGGUGAUUGACGGGGCAGCCACCAUCGAGCUCACCCCGUCUACUUCUUCUCGGGACGCCGCGCUCCUUCUCCGCAACCACCAUCGCCGCUGCUGCAGGGAGACGAGGAUUGACGGGGUCGCCACCAUGCAACCUCCCCCGCGUACUUCUUCUUGGGACGCCCCCCCUCCAUGGAGCUCCCACCCCACCGCCACCUCCAUGGAUGGACCAUCUCAAGUUAUACAUGGAGAUCUAAGUGCCUUUCAGGAGGAAAUACAAUCAGUUCACCAUGUUGUCCGCACUCUGGAGACAAAGCUUGGACGCCUUGCAUAUACUCAAGAUCACACAACACGAGGAAUACAUGAGUCAUGUGAGUUCAGUAAAAGAUUGGAUCGGAGUCCAAAGCCGAUACUCCUAAGGUCACAGCAUCAACUUCUCUCCCUGCAAUCGAGUCUUCAGAAGGAAUUACCAGGACUGCUUCUUUGCCGUCAGGUUCGGAACCCGUGUCUCCUGUAGCUCAAUCACCUUAGAGUAGAUCCACCUAAGGUUGUCCGUUCGUCUACAGCCAUAUUAGCAUCAGUACUGAGUAUGCUAGCUGGAACUACAUCAAUACCUAAAAGGGUAAGAGCAUCUCUUCGCAUUUUGUUUGUUAAUCUUCUCAUGGUCUGUUGACACUUUCCACUUGAAGAAGAUGGUGCGAUCUGCCUAAUGAUUGUUGUACAUGGUGAGUUGACACGCCGCCUGAAAGUACUAGUUGUGAAUAUUGGAUAUCUGUAGCAUUACAUUUUGAAUCUAAUUUUGGUCUGCUAACUCUAGCUUGCUUUUCCAUGUUCAUCAGAAUGUGGUGAAUUUUUGUAAUAAAAAACAUGUCGCUCCUUGAGUGACAGCUUUUAUGGGCUGUAGAAAAGAAUGACUUUAAAGAAAAUGUACUUUGUCGAUGUUCUAUAUGUCAUGGAACUUUGACCCAGCCAUUUUUUUGACAUGGUAUCUUGGAGUGUCUAUUUUGUACAUAUAAUAUAUUGUACGAUUCUAUAGCUGCUAUUAGUGAUUCUGUUAUAGAGUAUCUUGGUGUAUUCGACGGCGGUUUUUGAAAUCCUAUUGAGAAUAUUUUUCAAGGAACUCGAGGAGAAUGUCUCGGUUUCGAAGAAGCAGAAAGUGAAGAAUUAAGUUGUCUAACCAUUUGAUCUGUCUUGGUUUACUUGACUCUAAUUGUGUAGCUUUUGCAUCAAUUCAUUUGGAUCCAAUGUUGCCUCGUGUAAAGAAUAAACCAUGUAUCUUGCUUCAGCUUUUAUUUUUGAACUAGGACAAAAUAUUCUAAGAGAACUUCCACAUUCACUCAUGGCAAUGUAUGAUAAUAAAGUAUGUUGUAUCAUUGGUUUCAGACAUCUGGAUGAGAAGAAAAAGAAGUGCAAGGCUGGUAAGGUCGAGACUCAUAUUGAAUUCCCUGGACGUGAAAAGGUUAAAUUUGGUGAAGUUGUUGAAGCUCCACCAAAGUUAUCAUUCCCAAAGAGGUGAUCGACGCUGACAAGCGCGGCCCGGUGGUGCUGUGCUCUUCAACCACUCAGAGGCGGACUUCGCUGUGAAGCCCGGUGGCCACGUCGCACAGAUGAUCGUCCAGGUGAUUUCGAUGCCGGAAGUCGCCGAUUUGGAGGACCUCGACGCCACCGUCCGUGAGAGGGAGGAUUCGUGUCCAGCGGUGUUUGAGCUCCUAGCCUUGUAGAUACAUCUAGAGAGGUGGUCUAUUUAGGUUGGUGGCCACUAGGGAAGGUACCCACCUUACGAUGAUGGUUGUGUGUAUCUGAUGUUAAAUGGAAUCUAAGAUGGUUCUGUGAGUUGGUUUGGUUUGCAAUGGACGUAUUACCAUUCAUGAGUACUA